GGGCUUAUUUGGGGCCAGAUAGACCAGGGCUCGAAUCCUCACUCAGAAACCUAGCUGAGGCAUAACGUACUUAACCCUUUAGUUAUAACAUGUUAUAAACGGUAUAAUGGUAAUUCCUCAUAGCAAGACUAGUUAGGAUUCAGUGAGGACAUGUCAACCACAUGGUGGGUGUUCAGUCAGUGGUAGACUCCAUUCUUAAUUGUCAGCAGAACCACAUCAUGAAAGCAAAUCCCUAAAUGUCUACAGGGAGAGAAGCUUCGGAUGAUGCAGCAGGGUUUAAUCUGCUCUGGAUCAUAGAGCUGUUUGGGGCAAAGGUAGAUCAAAGACGGUGUUAGGUUUAAUCUGGAAAGGUUUCUCAAAAGAGGGGCCUUUGUGCUGGGACCUGGUUGGGUAGGGCAGAGUAGGGAUGUCACUCAAGCAUUUGGGAUGAUCGAGUCAAGACUUGGGGUGCGGUAGGAAGUGGAAGUGAAGGAGCAGAGGACCUGAGGAAGAAGCUGCCUUCGUAGACUGCUCAGGGGUGACUGAGGGGCAGGUAGGGCCAUGGGAACAGGGGGGUGUCUGUCCCCAACCUCUCCCUCCUGGCCCUGGCAGGCGAUGCUACACUACCGUUCAGACCUGCUCCAGAUGCUUGACACGCUGGUCUUCUCUAGCCUCCUGCUGUUUGGCUUUGCGGAGCAGAAGCAGCUCCUGGAGGUAGAGCUGUAUCCGGAGUACAGAGAGAACUCGUAUGUGCCGACCACCGGAGUGAUUAUCGAGAUCCACAGCAAGCGCAUCCAGCUGUACGGAGCCUCCCUCCGCAUCCACGCCCACUUCUCUGGGCUCAG